GAUCUCGCCGCCCCUCCCCUCCCCCCCCCCCCCCCCUACCCUCCGUCGCCAAUUCGUCCGCAGCUCGAUGGCUGAAGGCAAGUUCGAUCUGCCCGACGAUCUGCUGUCCUCGAAGCCGGGCGAUCGUUCCUUCCCUCCUCCCAAAAUGGAAGCUCUGGGAGGACAGUUUGAGGAAAAGGUGCUCAUGGGGCUGAAUGAUGAGUCAAAAGAUCAAGUGGCGUCAGAGAGCAGCAUACCUUUGUCCCCUCAAUGGCUCUAUGCCAAACCAACCGAGACUAAGAUGGAAAUGCGAGCUCCAUCUUCAGUGUCAGUUGGAAAUUCUAGCGAUCCCACUCAAAAGGAGAACUGGCGUUUGGAAGGGACUGAGGACAAAAAAGACUGGAGGAGAGCUGCCGCUGAGAAUGAAAGUGGCCGUCGUUGGCGUGAAGAGGAAAGGGAAACUGGCUUACUUGGCGGUAGGAGAGACCGCAGGAAACCAGAUCGUCGUGUUGACAAUGUUCCGGUCCGGGAAACUAAUGAAAGUAGAACAUUGGCUGCUAGUGAUAAGUGGAGCGAUGGUAAUACUCGCACAGCUGGGCAUGAAACGCGACGUGAUAGCAAGUGGUCUUCAAGGUGGGGUCCUGAGGACAAGGAUAAAGAAUCUCGCAAUGAAAAGAGGGCAGAUGCAGAGAAGGAAGAUGGUCACCCCGACAAUUCACCACUUUUAGGCAGCAACCGUGGAGCUCCGGAGCGUGAAUCUGAGUCCCGGGAUAAGUGGAGGCCACGCCACAGAAUGGAAGUUCAUUCCAGUGGUUCGACUCCCUACCGCGCUGCUCCUGGAUUUGGAACUGAGAGAGGAAGAGUGGAGGGUUCACAUACGGGGUUUACCGUUGGACGAGGAAGGUCCAGUGUGAUGGGAAGAUCGUCGGGCACCAUCGGUGCUGCUUAUUCUGACAAGAGUGAGAGCAUCCCUGGAAAACCAAUUGUCUUAACUGAUUCUUUUUGUUACCCUAGGGCAAAGCUUCUUGACAUUUAUCGCAAGCAAAAAGUCGAACAAUCCUUCGCUUCCAUGCCUGAUGACAUGGAGGAAUUAGCCCCCAUAGCUCAAGCAGACGUUGCUGAACCGCUAGCUUUCAUAACCCCUGAUGCUGAAGAGGAGGCUGUCCUUGGUGAUAUAUGGAGGGGGAAGAUCACUGGCAGUGGAGCAGUGUAUAAUUCAUUUAGAAAAGGCAGAUCAACUGAAAAUGUUACAGGUCUUGGUGAUGUUGAAUCUGCCGAUGAGGGGAAACAGGGCAUUCUCUCCUUCGUAUCUGCUGAAGAGAAUGGCGAUACCUUUCAAGAACUUUUGGAAAACUCUCGAGCCAGUAAUAACACUGCUACAUGGAUUAGUGGUUCUCAAAUGAUAACAUGGGGGGAAGAUGUUAAAAACCAGGGAGUGGAGCAGAAAAUUCCUGCUGAAGUUGUUCAUCAUGGGGACUCCGUUGAUAAUGGUACCCGAGGAUCAAAUGAAAUUGAUAGUCCUUACUUUGCCACUUCUCAGGCAAAUAUCGCCAAUAAUGGGACGGGGACACUAUCUGCUUUUACCAAUGAAUCUCAACUUCAAGAAAUCACACCUGCUUCUCCUUUUGGCAUCAGAUCGAAGCUUUCUAAUGACUCGACUUCUCUAUUUGGAUUGACCUCUCCUCUCCAACUCCAGGGUGGAAACAUCCAUCAUUUGAGUUCUAAUGAGGCAAAAGAGUCGGAGAGGAGUAUUUCCGCGGAGGAGCUUAGUUUAUACUACCUUGAUCCUCAAGGGGAGAUCCAAGGACCUUUUCUUGGGGUGGACAUCAUUUCAUGGUUUGAACAGGGGUUUUUUGGCACUGACUUACUGGUCCGCCUGGAAGAUGCUCCUGAAGGAAAACCUUUUCAAGAAUUGGGUGAGGUGAUGCCACAUCUUAAGGGCAUCCAUGCCGUUGCCACUGGUGCUGAUCAGAUUUUGAAAUUAGAUGAAUCUAGUGCUUUAGGUGGUAAGCUGGAGACUGGUGUGCCUGCUGCUGCUCCUGCUGGUAAAGUUGAUGAUUUAUACAUCAUGGAAAGCCGGUCCUUACCAGAGAUUAGGAGUAUGUCGGCACAGAAUGUCCAAAGCAUAGUAUCUGAAUCUGGUGUCCCUCAUCUGUCUCAUUUGGAGACAGGGUUUAAUGAUUUUGCUGCCCAAGAUGAAGAAAUUGUUUUCCCAGGAAGACCAGGAAGUAGUGGCCAUCCUUUUGGAAGAUCUACUGGAAACAUCCAUGAUGCUUCUCUGAAACCUCUGAGCCACUCUUCUGUUCAAGCUGAAUUGAAAGCACCCAACAUUCAAAACCAAAAUGAUAACAUGAUGCAUCCUUUUGGUUUACUUUGGUCCGAGAUUGAAGCCACUAAUGCAAAGCAUACCUCUGCAUCCAACUUGCCUUCUGCCAUGGGAAGGGGUCCUCAAUUCGGAGGCAUUUCCGACCCAGCUCUCAUUGCAGAUAAUUGGCCUGAUUCAUACAGAAGGAAUGCAGCUUUUGACUACCCCAACUUGUAUCAGGAAACUGUGGCUUCUCGAAACUUUCCACGCAUGGAACAGGAAUCAAACCGUCUUGAUCUAGCAGAGCAACUAUUGUCAAGGCAACUUCAGCAUCACCAUCUCCAACAGCAAAACCUGUUACCUUUUCAUGCAAAUUCCGGCCAUUCCAUUUUGGAACAAAUGGCUGGUGAGCAACUGGCACACCAGCAGCAGCUGGCCGCCCAUGCUGUACCAGAAAUGGAACAUCUAAUGGCACUACAUCUCCAACAGCAGCGACAGCAUCAGCUUCAACGUCAGUUACAGCAGCAGCAGCAGCAGCAGUUUCAGCAUCAACAGAAACUUCUGCAGGAGCAACAGCAGUCUCAAGUUCAACAGGUCCUACUUGAACAAAUCCUGAGAAACCGAAUGCAUGAUCCUGGCCUUGCACAGUCAACUGUUGAUCCUCUGAGAGCCAACAAUGCUCUUGAUCGGGCUAUAUUGGAGCAACAGCUUCUCAAUGAAAUGAAACAACGUUCUCAUCAUCCUGCCAGACAUAUUGAUCCAUCACUUGAGCAGAUAACCGAGGCAAAGUUCGCUCGUCUGCCACAAGAGCUUCAAGAGUUACUCAUAGCUCGUGCUCAGCGUGGACAACUUCAGUCUUUGGACCAUCAGAUACUGCAAGAGCAACUUCAAGCUAGGCAGUUUCCAAUGGGAAUGGGGCUACCUGCCAAUUUGGAAGAAAGGCGCCUUGGCUCUGGCUGGCCAGUUGAUGAAACUGAUCAGUUCCUUAGGAUGCACGGUGGUCACCGAGCACACUCAUCAGGGUUUAGCCCACUAGAUUUUUAUCAGCAACAACAGGGGCCAUCCAAUGAAGACCAGCUGAGCUUCUUUGACAGGAAUCAUUCGCUACAGGAUCGUAUUAGACAAGGUUCUUAUGAACCUAGCGGGCUGCCUUUUGACCGUUCAAUUUCUUUACCAACUGGUAAUGCCGGAAUGAAUCCGGAUGUCCUAAAUGCUAUGACUCGUAUUCAUGGCUUAGACAUGCAAGAGUCUAGCACAAGAACAAAAUCUGCUGCUCAAGCAAAGUUUGCUUCAGAAUUGCACCCUCGAGGUGCCCCCCACUCUUUACUUCCUAACCAAUUUCAUGCUUCUCAGCUGGAUGCAAUGGAUGGUCACUGGUCUGAGAAUAAUGGGCAGCUUGCAAAUGACUGGAUGGAAUCUCGAAUUCAGCAAUUGCAUAUUGGUGCUGAACGCCCAAAAAAGGAACAAUUGGGUAAAAUGACUUCUGAAGACCCGAGUUCGUGGAUGUCAGAUGGACAAGAUGAUGACAAGUCAAAGCAGCUGCUGAUGGAAUUGCUUCAUCAGAAAUCUGGUCAUCAAUCCACCCAGUAUGCAGAUGUUAGUGAGGGAGUACCAGGGGAGAGAAGGCCUAUAUCCGGCUUUUACUCUAGUUCGAACUCUCUGGAUCGUCAAUUUAAUCUGCUUCAGGACCGAGAAGCUGGUUUAAGCAACUCGUUUCCCGUAGGUUCCUACGGAUCAAAUUCCUCUGAUCGCGCCAGCAGUUUUGAAAACAGAGAUGAGUUGCCAUUCAGAAUGGAUUCUGGGGCAUUGGCUGCGGCAGAUCCAUUCUUGUCCAGUAUUCACGGAUCUGGGAUGGGUUUUCACACUAAUCCAAGCAGGAACGACAAUAAUUCAGCUCAUACAAAGGAGCUUGUGGAGGCAGAGGGGAGGAAGGGUGUAUCAAAAAGCGAGGGAAAAUUAAAGGGUUCGCUCUUUGAGAUUCAAGAAGCCACGGCUGAACAAACAGGAUUGGCUGCUACAGAUCAUGGCGGAGUACCUAUCAAUUCCUUUGGCAGGCAUGCUUCACUUGGUGCUGCUGCAGGUGAAAAUCCAGUCUUCUACGAUGAAGGAAUUGCAAACCGGUAUCCUGAACAGAUGAGCAAGGAUCAAGUACGAGUCAUUCUGUCCAAAAGUCAAGACAAUAUGCUGCUCAGAGGCCCAUCCCAGGAAGGACCGCCAGAGCUUGUGUCCGAUCCUCUCGCGAGGCUCAAAAGUGCUUUUCCCGGUGUUCCUGAUGGGUCGAGACAGGACCAAGGGGGGAAUCCAACAAAGCAAGGUGCUGAGGACAUCGCAGCUGCCAAGAAAGAUAUGCGGUUCAGGCGUACUUCAUCUUGCAAUGAUGCAGAUGUGUCGGAAGCAUCGUUUAUCGACAUGCUAAAAAGUACUAAGAAGACUGCACCACAAGAGCCCCAAUCCGCAGCAGUAGUUUCAGAAUCAUUAGAAGGAACUCAAGCUGGACGAAGCGGAAAGAAGAAAGGGAAGAAAGGGAAGCAAAUUGAUCCCGCUCUUUUGGGUUUCAAAGUCACCAGCAAUCGCAUCAUGAUGGGCGAAAUUCAACGUAUAGACGAUUAAGCCCCCUUUGUAAACUCUUGUGCAUGCUGUACAGAGAUUAGGAGCUUGUAUAGAUUUAAAGGUGGUUCAGUAGUGUUUAGUGUAUAGUGUUCAUCUGUCCACACAAAAUUUUCACCCUUGCUUUUCUCCCGUCAUCGACAGCGAGAUAAUAUUGAAAAUCGGCUAUUAACACUACGGAAUUCUACAAUUGAAUAUGUCAAGUGAGAUUCCACCUGACGAGUCA